UGCACUCUGGCUAACAGAGUCAGCUGGGUCAGAGUGUGUUUUUGUCCCUCACUGUCUAAGCUUAUCCCAUCCUGUUAAUGACGCCUCACUUCUGCUUGGAUUGUUGCCACUUCAACACCAUGCCGCUUCGGACUGUUGUCCUGCUCCUCCUCUGCCUGUCCACCGGCAUGUGCGCCACUUUAGGCUACUACCAGACUGACGCAAAGGAGGAGGGAGACCCUGCUGCUGAAGCUGCCUCUGUAGAUGUAGCCAAAGAAGGGGUUGCUGCUGCUCUAGUAGGUGAUUCGUCUUCAGUUGAAGGAAACACAGGUAAUAGCGUUUUUGGCGACAAACUACUGCUUGAAAUGGGUCUAAAGGAUAACCAAGCAGGUAACAAACUUGAAAAAGCUGUCCAGGUGGUGGCAGAAGGUGCAACAGGCAAAGAACCAGGGCCAGACAGUGGUGGGCCUCCUGGAGACACCCCUGGUAUGAAAGCUUUUGCUAAAGAAGCUAAGAGCCAGGAGCAACCUUCUGGGGAGGAGGUGAAUGAGAUCAGACCAGUUCAGACAAACAAGUCCCAGAAAAGACCACUGGAAGAAGAAGAUACGAGCUGGAGCCUCAACUCUAUUAGAAAUAGCUUCCAGACUGUGCACGGAUACUUUGAUUCCCUGGUGGAGCUGGUCGGUGGACGCAAUGGUGUUUGUGAGUACCGCUGCAGAAGAUAUGGAGAACUUCCUCAACCUCGCCCUGGCUACCAGCCCUCCGACCCCAAUGGCUGCAGCACCUCGCUGGUGGGAUUCCAGGUGAAUGCUGCUCUUGACCUGGGGAUCCCUGCUAUGACAAAGUGCUGCAACCAGCUUGACAUGUGCUACGAAAACUGUGGUACAAGCAAGUAUGACUGUGACUCCAGGUUUCGCUCGUGCCUGUACGGCAUCUGUUCCGACCUUAAGAAGAGUCUGGGAUUUGUUUCCAAAGUACAAGCCUGUGAAUCGAUGGCAGAUGCUCUCUACAACACAGUGUGGACUCUUGGUUGCAGACCUUACAUGAACAGCCAGAGGGCAGCGUGUGUCUGCGAGGGAGAGGAGAGGGACGAACUGUGACACAGAAGACUGUGGAUAUCUUCUGUUUGCUUAUACAGGCAACUAACAGAGUCAUGGAUAUUUCCACACACACAGAAUGCAUUUAUUGGCUUUUUAAAUUUUUUUUUCCAAAGAAGAGAUGCCUCACAAGAGCCCUCUCAAGAUUCAGUGGCCAGAAAUUGGAAAAACAUAAAUGAGGAGUUUAAGUGAACAAUUUCUGUGGCUUUAUUCACAAUUGUUCAUGCAUAUUCGCCCACCAUGCUCCUCAUUUCAGGCCAAUUGGCUCUAUGACUCCAUUACCAUAAAUUACUUGAUGACUCCAAACAAAGUGUGUGACAGGAAGAUAGAAGGGAUAUUGUCGUCGGAUUAAUUUCCUCUAGACAGAAAGACACCAGAUAAUUACUGUGGUGCACACGGCUCAUUGUGUGCUGCUAUCUUAAAUUUGUCACACUGGUCAAACCUUAAGUCAGUGUCGUGUAAAUCUAAUGCCUACUAUGUUAAUAUUUGAUGUAAGUUAUUUGCCAGUUAUUUGUUAUUUUUAUGAAUAAAUUAAAGCCUAAUUGCAGCUAAUCUGACAUGAUUAACUCUAGAUUAAUUGUCAGAGUGAUGACGCGCAUGCAUAAUUUCCAAACGGAGCACUCUGAUAUCUCUUUCCCAGCACACUGUAAUGUGUGGCAUCGAUUACACUGAGCAAAUGAGUCAGAACGCAUCUUAUGGAUGUUCCUGAUGGGUUUUUUUUAAGUCAGAGAUGGUGUGAAAAAUAAACCACUUCUAUAAAUCCA